CAUAACUACUGCUUGUAGAACUUGAACCAGGAGAACCUGGAGCACCAAAAGCAGAACCAGAUCCAGGUGAACCUGGGCGAGAACCAGGAGCACCAAAAGUAGAACCAGAUCCAGGAGAACCUGGGCGAGAACCAGGAGCACCAAUGGUAGAGCUAAAUCCAGGUGAACCUGGGCGAGAACCAGGAGCACCAAAUGUAGAGCCAGAUCCAGGUGAACCUGGGCGAGAACCAGGAGCACCAAAAGUAGAACCAGAUCCAGGUGAACCUGGACGAGAACCAGGAGCACCAAAAGUAGAACCAGAUCCAGGUGAACCUGGGCGAGAACCAGGAGCACCAAAAGUAGAACCAGAUCCAGGUGAACCUGGGCGAGAACCAGGAGCACCAAAUGCAGAACCAGAGCCAGGUGAAGCUGGACGAGAACUAGAACCUAUCCCAAAGCUGGGUGAAGGUGAACCGAACUCAUAUCCAGAGUCCCCAGAACCACUUCCAGUAGAACUUGAACCAGGAGAACCGGGGCGAGAACCAGGAGCACCAAAAGAAGAACCGGACCCAGGAGAACCUGGACGAGAACCAGGAGCAACAAAAGUAGAACCAGAUCCAGGUGAACCUGGACGAGAACCAGGAGCACCAAGAGUAGAACCAGAUCCAGGGGAACCUGGGCGAGAACCAGGAGCACCAAAAGUAGAGCCAGGGGAACCUGGACGAGAACCAGGAGCACCAAAAGUAGAACCAGAUCCAGGGGAACCUGGAGCACCAAGGGUAGAGCCAGAUCCAGGUGAACCUGGGCGAGAACCAUGA